AUGGAAGAUGUUGAUUUACAAUCCUCUUUGUCAGUUCAGUCAUUCGAUGAAUCGUAUGCCAACCGAUCUGAAAGCUCCAUAUUAGAAAACACAUGUACAAGCGAAGAAAGCAAUAAUGAAUUACCUGAAAAACCAGUGCAUAAAAAAAAAAAACUAGGUCAUAGAGGUGGAUCGAAAAAACGAAGCUGGGUGUGGAAAUAUUUUGAAUCAGAAAAAGUAAUUGAAAUUAAAGAAGAAUCUGAUGAUAUUAAAAUUGAGGUUACAUACGGCGUUUGUCUUGUAUUAAAUGAUUCAGGAAAAAAUUGUAAUACACGAUUGAGGAUAAUAGGCGGAUCAACCUCAAAUUUAAUAUCUCAUUUAACAAACACCCAUGGUAUUACGCAAGGCGGACCUAAAUUACGUGAAGAUCCCGCUCAAACCAAAAUUGAUCUUUUUGCAAGAUCCGGUUCUUAUCCAUAUACUAAAGCGAAGAAUGAUAAGCUGACCAAAGCUCUUGUUAAGUUUAUUAUCCAGGACGCACAACCAAUUAGUCUUGCAGUAAGCCCUAACUUCCGUGAGUUCAUAAAGGAAUUAGAUCCAAGGUUCAGUUUACCUGAUGAAAAAC